AUGGAGGAGAUGAAGAAGAGGAAGCUAGAAGAAACCGAUAACGAUCAAUUGCUACCGAACUUGAACGAAACGGCGCCGUCCACAACUGUGGAAGAAUUGCGUUCGCUUCUCGACCCGCUCGCUAAACCCCAACUCGUCGAUCUUCUCUCUAAAUUGGGGUUCCAAUAUCCUUCUAUUGCUGAAGAAAUUAAAAGUGUUGCAAGUGCUGAUCCGGCCCUUCGAAAGCUUUUUGUCCGUGGUUUAGCCUGGAAUACUACUUCAGAAACAUUGUGUGCUGCAUUUCAAGAGCAUGGUGAAAUUGAAGAGGGUGCUGUGAUAUUCGACAAGGCCACAGGAAAGUCACGUGGUUAUGGUUUCAUUACCUACAGAGACAUGGAGUCAGCCCAAAGAGCUUUGAAAGCCCCUGGCAAAAUGAUAGAUGGUCGCAUGGCUGUUUGUAAUCUUGCCAGUGAGGGCUUUACCGGCCCCAGUACUGCACCUGAUCAAGCCCAGAGGAAGCUUUAUAUUGGCGGAUUAUCUCCAGAGACAACUAGUGAGCUAUUGCUCUCCUUUUUCAGUAGGCAUGGGGAGAUAGAGGAGGGUUCUGUUGCAUAUGAUAAAGAGACAAACAAAUCGCGUGGCUUUGGCUUUGUCACAUAUAAGAAUGUGGAAGCUGCAAAGAAAGCUUUAGAUGAUCCACAAAAGAUGUUUGGGGGGAGAAAUAUCACUGUGAAGCUUGCUGAUAAUUACAAGGGCAAGGUUGUGCAAUCUCAGUUAACUGCAGCAGUGGUUCCAGUACCAGUACAGAUGACGGGCUUUACAGCUGCAUACCCACCAAAGUCUUAUGCUGGAGCUCCAGCUCCUGUUGGCUAUACAUAUCCUCAACCUAUGGCUACAUACCCUAAUGCCCCCUAUGCGAGUCCACCUACUCAAGCUGCUCAAUACUCUGUCCAACCUCAGUUUUCUGUAGCAUACGGUUAUCACUGUUACUGUUUUAGUUUUGCAGAAUUGGGGGCAGUUAAACAGUUGAACGGUGUUUAA